AUGGCCCGCAAGUCCAAAGGCUCCGGCCAGUCGGGCGCCCCUCCCAAGUCCAAAAGCUCCGGUCAGUCGGACGCACCCUCCAAGUCCAAAGGCUCUGGCCAGUCGAACGCCCCUUCCACGCCCAAAGGUUCGGGUUCAUCGGACGCGCCUGGCCUAUCCAAAGGAGCUGGUCUAUUGGAUGCGCCUGACCUGUCCAACCUUCCAGGUCGGUUUGCUUCAGAUCCAACUGCCGGAGAAGCAACAAGGUUGUUGCAGCGAGCUCGUCGAACCAUCACCUACCCCGACGAGGAGAUCGUUCGUGUCGGCGCUAAGACCAGCGGACAUCUUCCUGAGAAGGUCUUCACGACGCUUCCGCAGUUUAGGACUGCAGUCUUCCGAUUGCUCGUAGAGCGACUCAAGGUUCAUGGUAUCCUAACGGACACUCUCAAAGAGGCGGACUUCCACUGUCUCAUGGACCAAGACAAGUGGCGUGUACUAUUCGAGGACCCUUUCGUCGUUCCGACGUGGUGGCUUGAGUUCAUGCUAGUCAUCAAGGUCAACAACGCCGAUAGCCCGUACCCGCCCCGUACCGGUAACACCUUCUACAUCCGCACCUUCACAUUCAAAGUCGAAGAUGCCAGGGCGGUCUUCCAGGCCAUGCUUCAUGAUAGCUGGGAUAGUAACCCGAACAUCUUCGCUAUCCUUGAGAGGCUCGAGUUGCUCAACGCCUCAGACCAAGUGGAGCUGCGUUACUGCGGCCAGGUAUCCGGGCAUGACAGACCCUGGGAGAGGCAUCUCUCCGACAUCUACAAGACGUCACUCAAGACAUGGUUUGCACAGUUCGUCAAGACAGUGGGCAUGAUCGCUGUGGAUACCUUGAAGACUUCCCAAGUCCAUACGGUUGAGAAGGCACAUUCGGCGGCGGGGUUGAGCGAUGAUGUCGUGGAUCUACGAGAACAGAUUCUGAUCGCCUUGUUCGGAGACAGCGUCCUUAACAGCGAGUUCGGUGGCAAGAACAUAAUGAUUCUUACCAAGGCAGACCAAGACGCCUUCGAUUCACUGAAGACCAACUUCCUGGUUCCAGUUGAGAAGUUGCCAUUCUGUCCCAUCCCGAUGCUGGACAAAGUCAAGAAAUACGCGGCUAGUGUGAUGAAGUACGCGACAACUCACCCAACCACGACAACUGGCUCCGGCAAAACAAAGCAUAAGUUUACCAAAGCCAUUGGAGACAUGCUCGUAACUCAGGGUAGGCCAGCAGUACUUUCCGAUCACUCUGCAGUUAUGGUCUCCGUCGGCUCUGAUCUUGGCGACACCCAUAAAGACGAAGAGGAGACGUUCUGGUAUGCCGGUGGCCGAUCUGCAGAUGCCGUUUCAACUGUGUACAACCAUUUUGGUCACUGGGAACAGGGGGUUGUGCAAGCCUCGUUCGACAAUGCGCUCACGCGACGUUUGGCAAGGAAGUCCUGCCUCCCUUUUACGGAUGUGUUUCCGUGGCCCGUCAAGCAUGACGAGGAUUAUCCGGCUGCUAGCAAGUUCUUGCGCAUGUAUAUGGACAUCGUCAAGCCUAUCGUUGUCUUAACGUAUGGCCUUUUGCCUACCUACGCCGCUCGACAGAACUUCGCCGGUUUCACAAAGAAGGAGUAUUACAAUGGAACCAGAAAACUCAACUCAGAGAAGGCUUUCACCGAUCAAGUUGGCCAUCCCGAGCUACGUGCUUUUGGCGGUGGCAGUGACACCGCUGUUGGACAAGAGUGCGUGGUCAUACCGAGUUUCCACCCAGGCUUUCUCGGUUACUCAGGUGUCACCAAAGAACAGGUCUCACGGGUGCUUGUAUUGACUUCUGCCAUCGCAUGGAAGGCAGCUGGCUUAGCGAUACAGCUAGACCAAGAUCAUGUCUCCCGGACGAGGAAGCGGACUUGCCAGGAGAUCAUCAAGAUCCUGAAAGCUGAUCUUGAAGUCACCACUAUAUUCGGCAACACCUUUCACCAGGCGAAACAAGACUAUCUCUUGGCGUACAAGGCGUUUCGAGAAGGUUCACUGGCUCACGCCACCGGACAUGCUAUCAAGAAGCCUCCCACUGGUAUUCUGGCAGGCAAGUCUGUAUCUGGCCGUAGAAGCAAGCGUAUCCGCGGAGAAGGACAGUCGACAGACUUCUUUGACGACGGGUUUGAGGUUGUGAUCCAUGGAGUAGAUGACUACUCGGUCGGCGAUAACAAGACAUCCAUACGACACACUCUUUCAUGGGAGGAAGAAGAAGGUCGAGCAUGGUCGCUCUCGCCCAUCAUUCUACCGUCUCAAGUCAUGGAUAGAAGGUCCAAGAAAGGCAAAAACUCAUCUGGGGGCAUUGACAUCCACGACAACGAUGGGAUAUCCCAGGGUACUCGCAAGGCUACACUAACGGGAAACACAAAGCUAGAGACGCUUCCCAUCGCGAGUCUCAUAAUAACUUUGGGCGAGACGCACGGAUCUGAUCUAUUCUUUCAACACUGGGAAGAAAUCACUGGCUCCAAGAUUGAGGACGUCCUCUACGGAAUUCUGCCUAGGAAUUUCCCUACCGUUGGUUCGGUGGCCAAGCCGGGUGAGUAUUAUCCGGCUUCGUUCUUCGAGAAUUCCAGGAGCAAGCGCACUCUGCCUUUCAGCUCCUCGGGCGUGAUGAAAAAGGAGGAUGUUGACGGCCUCAUCUUCGAAGCCAGCAAGCACCUGCCAGUCAACCCAGGAGACUUGCUAUGGCUGAUUGAUCGAUUCUUCCAGUCUGUGGUCAUUCCCGCUGGUGGCACGAUGGACUUCUUCUACCCCUCUAUUCACCCCACUGUCAAUUCCGUGUACACUCUCAUCGCGGCCUUCUGCGCUGAGGGGACUUAUCGACAUCACCCUCACUUGAGGACCUUCCUCGCUUUCGCCAACAUGAGUGAGAUGGGCGAAGAUGAGCGCGGGGUAUCGAACAACGCUCUCAAGACCGCUGCAGGAAUAUUGACAGGUUCAUACACUGAGAAAAACGUUACCAAGAAUGUUGAGAUCAACGGAGAGAAGAAGAGUCCGGGCAGGAAGGUACUCACGCUGGGACAGGAUAGGCCUUCCGACGUCGUUCGCGAAGAUGAGCCCGAGCAGCUUGAACAGGAUCUUGUCCCAGGUGACGACGUAACUGACGAUGAGAUGAGCGAGAGCGACGGCGAGGACGCGAGUGGUACAGGUGGAAUGUCAAGGGGUACGAAGCGAUCAAGGGAAGAGGAUGAAGAUCCUGGAGUAGGCUCGAGCAGGACCGAUAAGCGCAAAGCACGACGAGGUCCCGUUGUGGAGGAGUCCGUUGAUGACGACAUGCUAUUCGACUUGUGA